AUGGACGUCACAGCCGCCCUAGAAGCAGAAAACAUCAUCCCAGACGUCCUGGCACCAGACACAAAAGUUCCAUGCAAUCUGAAGGUCGUUUUUCCCUCAGCCAGACUCGAAAAACCGGGCGAGAUGAUCGAUCGGGAUGCGACAAAAUACAAGCCGACUGUUUUUGUUGAUCCUGACCUCACACGCCGCCACGACACGCGCUUCGGUCAAGUCCGGCAUUGGCUCACCACCAAAGCGGCCAUCAGUCAUUCGGGCGAGGUGAUAGACUCGAAGAACACGACCAUUUCGUCGUGGGUGGGACCAGCGCCUUUACCGGGGCAUUUCAUGGGAGGCAAACCCCAUCCCUCCCGCUACACGUUCAUCCUCUGCCAGCACCGCAACGAGGAUCCUCCGGCCAAAUUCGACGUCGACAGCAUGCGCGCCCACUACGAAGGGCUGCCCGGCGAGCUGGGCUAUCCGUCGCAGGACAUGAUCGACCGAUGGAAGUUCAACACGCAGCAGUUCAUGGACAGGAAUGAUCUCGAGGUCGUCGGGGCGACGUACAUGCUUGUCGAGGGCGAUCUGAGGAGUGGCAUGGCGAAUAUGGGGUUGGCGGCGGAGGCGAUUGCUAAUAAGGCGGUUGGGAGGUAG